UUCCAGUGCGCGGCCGAGAUGGCGAUGGCGGCUUGGCUUCUGGGGCGGCGCUUGGCGAAUUGGAGGCUGCGGACUCCGCUGGGGCCGCUCGCUAGCCUCGUGUCCCAGCGGGCCCACUCCCUCUUGCCUGUGGACGAUGCGAUCAACGGGCUCAGCGAGGAGCAGAAGCAGCUUCGUCAGACCAUGGCUAAGUUUCUGCAGGAGCACCUAGCCCCCCAGGCCCAGGAGAUUGAUCAGAGCAAUGAGUUCAAGAACCUACGAGAGUUUUGGAAGCAGCUAGGAAACCUGGGGGUCCUAGGCAUCACUGCCCCUGCCCAGUACGGUGGCUCUGACCUGGGCUACCUGGAGCAAGUGCUGGUGAUGGAGGAGAUAUCGCGAGCUUCCGGAGCAGUGGGCCUCAGUUACGGUGCUCACUCCAACCUCUGCGUCAACCAAAUUGUGCGCAAUGGAAAUGAGGCCCAGAAGGAAAAGUAUCUCCCCAAGCUGAUCAGCGGUGAGUACAUUGGAGCCCUGGCCAUGAGUGAGCCCAAUGCUGGCUCUGAUGUCGUCUCCAUGAAGCUAAAAGCGGAAAAAGAAGGUGAUCACUACGUCCUAAAUGGCAACAAGUUCUGGAUCACCAAUGGCCCCGACGCGGACAUCCUUAUCGUCUAUGCUAAAACCGAUCUGGCUGCUGUGCCAGCCUCUCGAGGCAUCACGGCCUUUAUCGUUGAGAAGGGCAUGCCUGGCUUCAGCACCUCCAAGAAGCUGGACAAGCUGGGGAUGAGGGGCUCUAACACCUGUGAGCUGAUCUUUGAAGACUGCAAGGUUCCGGCUGCCAACAUCCUGGGCCAUCUAGGUAAGGGCGUCUACGUGCUGAUGAGUGGGCUAGACCUGGAACGCCUCGUGCUGGCUGGUGGGCCCCUCGGGCUCAUGCAGGCUGUCCUCGACCACACCAUUCCCUACCUGCACACGAGGGAAGCCUUUGGCAAGAAGAUUGGCCACUUCCAGCUGAUGCAGGGGAAGAUGGCCGACAUGUACACCCGCCUCGUGGCGUGUCGGCAGUACGUCUACAAUGUCGCCAAGGCCUGUGAUCAGGGCCACUGCACUGCCAAGGACUGCGCGGGGGUGAUUCUUUUUUCAGCUGAGUGCGCCACGCAGGUAGCCCUGGACGGCAUUCAGUGUUUUGGUGCCAAUGGCUACAUCAACGACUUUCCCAUGGGCCGCUUUCUGCGAGAUGCCAAACUGUAUGAGAUUGGGGCCGGGACCAGCGAGGUGAGGCGGCUGAUCAUCGGCAGAGCCUUCAAUGCGGACUUCCACUAAUUCCAAGACGCUUCGCCCCUUUUCCCAGCACCUAGAGGCCUUUCUUUGAGAGUAGAGAUAUGGUGGCUCUCCUGCGGCCCAGCUGCCGAGUGCUCGGGCCUCAGAGCGGGGCCAGCCAGCCGGGCCAGACGUGGGCAAGCAUGGGGGGAAGGGGGCGGCAUUUUUAGCCACACCUUCUGAUCUGAAGAUGCUGUGGGGCGUUAAUGAAGGUUGUGGCCAGUGGAGGGCCUAACUGAAAAGUGUUCAGUGGCUUAAAAUGGACACAGCUGGAAGCAUAGUAGCUUUUCCGGGGCUUGUCAGGAAGGCCUUGGUGACUCUCUAACUUCCGAGGCCCCACUUCCCUGGGUGGGCACUUGGGGGCGGGCAGGCACCCACUCCUUCUCUCAGCUAUACCUCUGCCAGGGAGCCCAGGACACCACAAACAUUGCUCCUCUCCGUGUAUUUGAACCUUUAGGAAUCUCUUCUUUCUGGGGAGGAAAAACCGCCAAAACCUAGCCUUUGUUUCUGCCGAUUUCUAGAGGCAUCCACUCCCAGCAGUUUAUGAAUGGGCACCCACUCUGCAGCAGCUUAGCUGUUCCCCCAGGGCUCCAGUUUUUAGGGCUGAGAUCCCACCAUGUUGGGCCAGAGCUCCGGGAAUAGGCAUCUCAGAACACCUGUGCCACCCGGACUCCACCAUGGGGCAGAGGUCAGUGUGCUGGGGAGAGAUCGGCUCAGCACCAGUCUCCGUGGCAGCACCUCUGAACCCUUGAGUGCUCCUCUGCCACCACCGCCGUCCAGUCCUGGCCUGAUGACAGCCUACAGCGGGCCUGGGUUGGAGACUCCACUCCAGCCAAGGCUGCCUGUGUACAUUUCUCUGGACACCACAUGGCUAGUUCUGUUAGAACAGCACAGCAGCUGCUGCCAUUUUGUAUUAAACAUAUUAGGGCGCAAACCCUUCUGCUUCUAAAAUGGUGUUUUGGGAGCGAAACAAUCUACUUGCUACAGCCUCCCGUCCGGCUCUAGCCCCAUGUCCUUGGAGAAUGGCUAGUCCAGGUGCUACCCCCCCUGCCCUUCAGCCUGCUUACUGGUGAUGCGGGACAAAGAGGUGGCCUCUACCUUUAGGACAGAAGAGGCUUUAACCUCCCUUUCCCAGAUCUCCCAGAGAGGUUAAGAGUCUUAGAGCCAGAAGGAAGCUUUUAAGUUUUUGGACACCAUCCCCAUGGUAUUUAACAAGAUCAAGACAAUUUGAUUUUCUCAAGGUCAGAACUGGAGCUCGAAUCCAGAGGAGCAGAAACGAGAAUGCCAGCCUGGGGCCCCACCGCAUAGUCAAGAGUGGAAUGGGUUUGGGUGGUUCCACGCUAUCUAAAUUACUUCAAAGAACUGGUUUUCUUGGCUCUCAGCCCAGGGGUGCCUUUCUGACUUUUGGUCCUGGCCUGUAGCCAAGUGCUAUUCCAGCCUGAUGCUUGAGACAGGUGGCAUUAGUGCCUUACCGAAAUCCAGCCCAGUUCCGGGGGGGGGGGGGGGGGGGAACCCAGGGCUUGGGGCACUGUCUCCUUAUGACUCCACCCUGCCCCUUGCUGUGUUGGAGAUGAACGUGGCCAGAAUACUGGUCUUGCUGGGCUUAAAGUGUAGCUGGAACAAAGAGUCCAGAAACAUUCAGAAUGUGACAGAAAGGAAUGUUUCCUCCAGUCUGUGUGAGUUAAGGAGCCCUGCCACCAACGUGGGGAGAAUGUGAUUGUUCCCCUGAUAAUCUAUGUGAAAUAGAAAAGAAAUGUUUUAAAGCCAAAAAUAAAUAAAUAGAAGAGUG